GAAUUAUUAUUAAAAAAAAUAAAAAAAAUAAAAAAAACAAUCAGAAAAAAUCAAAUAGUUUCCUUGACACGUGUAAGUUAAAAGCUUAAGAGUUCAUUUACCUUAGGCCAAAUAGUGUUAGAAAUUCUAGUUUACUGCAUUUUUCCAACAAACGUUUGUUUUUGUAUUGCACCGCUUUAACAGUCUUUUGGUUUCGCCACGCAUUUGUUGUUGCCGAAAUACUUAUGGCUUAGCACACGARAAAAAAGUCCAGUUUUUCGUUGGCACAUACACACAAUAGCAAGUUACAAACCGCUUGGGCUUAGCCGCCACUCUGUCCAGCGACGCUACUUAACAACAAGAACUCUGUGUGUACAGCCUGUGUCACAAAAUUGGACACACCAGGCGAUAGAGCSUCGAAAAUUCGCAAUUAGCAUUGUAGUGUAGCACGUGUACGACAACAAGGAAAACAAGAAAAGCAGGAACAACAACAACAAAGCAGUGCUAGCAGCAGCGCAGCUGGGCAUGACAGCUCCAAGUACUCCAAACUCGAAACUGACAAACUCCAACUCCAGCCUAUAAACUGCCUGCAGUUUUCAACUGCCUGCAGCUUACGACUGCCUGCCAAUAACAACAGCAGCGUGGUAUUAAACGCUUUCGUGCGUUUACUCUGCGUCCACUUCCUUGCUUCCUACGCGCAAAAUACCGGUAUUUUGGUGAAGUCACCUCCUCCGCUUCGCCAAACUGCUUGGGUACGUCGAAAAGUGCCGCCUAUAUUGAGAAGCGUAGCCGAUUCGGUUUUCACAUGACCUCACUGCCUGCGCCUGCAAAGUGAUGAUCUGCGUAUGCACGCCUUCGCCCGCAACGAAUGCAACGAAAUAAAAUAACAACAAAGCACACACACGCUUGAAAAUUUAAAAAUCAAAGCACUAUACUAAAACAGACACUGGCAGAAAAUAAGUGAAAAACAACAUCACAAAAAUAAUAAUAUAAAAUAAUUUUAAGCACUUUUUACACAAAAAACUUAAUAAAACGAGAGGAUACGUUUAAAUAAUAAAAAAAAAAUCAAAAAUAAUAAUAAAUCAAACAAACCAAGCAAUUGAAAGAAAGUGUUAAAACACAACAAACAACAUAAAUAAUUUACAACAACAAUAAAUCAUAAAUAUAAAAAACACAAAAUAACAACAAAUUUAUAUAAAAACGUUUAAAACUGUAAAUAAAAAUCGCACACACCAGCAACAUGUCAACGAGCAACGAUAUAGUCAGCGCUGAGGCGGCACCAGCCAGCGCGUUGCCAAUGUCGCAAAUGCCCGCUGCACCGACGCCAGCAAACGAUCAGAAUUUGGGCUACUCUCCGAUGAAAAUACGCAAAUUGCGUAUCAUACUCGGCACCAUCGCGGCGCUUGUGAUUAUUGCCCUACUCGCUGUGGCGUUAACGUUCAUCAUCAAAGCUGGGGAUGAUGAUGAUGUGACACCACAGGAAAAUGAUAAUGGCCUACACUUGGAUGAGGUCAUUACCGGGGCAUUAUCAGCGCAUCGCUUCAAUGGUACAUGGACGCCGCAAUCGCGUAUACUCUUCCGAGAAAACAAUAAUCCACUUCAAUUGCAGUCGAUUGUCGAGUACGAUGUGAAGACGAAAAAGAAACGAGUGCUGCUGUAUGAUGAGCACCGUCAAUACUCGCUCUUCGAGAUGUCCGCCGAUCGUGAGCUGUUAUUGUUGGCCAAAAAUUUGUCCAAAUACUUCCGUCACAGCUUCUUUGCRCAGUACGACAUUUACAACAUCACAUCCGGUCAAAUACUGCCGCUGAUGAUCAAUGGCGUGCAACAGCUGUUGCUCUUURCGCAGUGGGCUCCCGUCGGYAACGGACUAAUUAUCAAUUUCGAACGCAAUCUUUACUAUAAGCCAACCGCCUAUGCGGAAGCAAUUCCRCUGACAAGUGACGAGAAUAUCGCYAUMUUGAAUGGCAUACCCGAUUGGGUGUAUGAAGAGGAGGUKUUUAGCACAAACAUCGCUACCUGGUUCAAUCCGACCGGCACACAUAUCGCAUUCAUCAAAUUCGAUGACUCACCAACACACGCCAUCAGUUUGCCCAUCUACGGUGAGGCGAACGAACCACGCUUUCAAUAUCCACUCACCAAAUUUAUACCGUAUCCGAARGCGGGCACCUCGAAUCCGCGUGUCAGUCUCUAUACGGCCGAUUUGGAGCGCGCGGCUAAAGGUAACGAGUUUCUCACGCAGAUUCCGGUGCCCAGCUCGCUAAACACCGAGAACGACUAUAUCAUCUCAGCGGUCGAAUGGUUAGAUAGUGAACGUGUGCUCUCGGUAUGGAUGAAUCGCAUACAAAAUUUGGCAUAUCUGCAGGUGUUCGAUGGUGUGCGUCGAUUAGAGAUUUAUAAUAUCGAGUCGAAGACUGGUUGGGUAAAUUUGUUCACACCACCCUUCAAGAACCGAGACGGUUCACGCAUAGCCUUAGUACUGCCACAGCUGCAGGACGAUCAGACAUACUAUCGUCAAAUCUGCACACUGUCGACGAAAAUGGCAGGUAGCGCUGUAGAAACACUAACAAAAGGUAAAUUUGUUGUGGAAAGUAUACUUCAUUGGGAUACGGCUAGCGAUGUCAUAUUCUAUAUGGCUAAUACCGAACAACAAUCCCAAGUGGCGCAUGUGUAUGCGAUCAAAGCAGAGACAGGCCGUACACCACAGUGCCUCACAUGUGGGCUGCAUGUAUCGGGCGACGUGCAGCAAACAUACUAUGAGGUGUCUUUCAGUCACGAACGCCAAAUGGCGAUCACUUCGGAUGGUCCCGGCAUACCGAUGACUGUGCUAUAUGAAUGGAACUGGGAAAAUGAUCAAGUGGUGCUUAAGAAGGUCAUUGAUUGGGAAUUAAAUACCGAACUACGUGCGAAACUGAAACUGAAAGCUAUGCCCACCUAUGAAAUACAUACCUUCCCGAUAGCGGGAAACUUUACUGCCAAAGUGUUGCUACAAUUGCCACCCAACCUCGAUCGUAGUGGCAACACUAAAUACCCCCUACUAGUGGACGUCUAUGGUGGACCCGACUCUACCUCGGUGCUUGAUCGUUGGAUGAUCGACUGGGGCACCUACCUCUCAUCAAACCAGUCUGUGAUUUAUGCCAAGAUUGACGGACGCGGAUCUGGCUCACGUGGUGAUAAACUAUUGCAUUCGAUAUAUCUAAAAUUGGGCACUUUAGAGAUCACCGAUCAAGUUGAUGUAACCAGACAACUGCAGCAGAAAUUUUCAUUUAUCGAUACCAAUCACACAGGCAUCUGGGGUUGGAGUUAUGGCGGCUAUGCGGCUGCCAUGGCUCUGGCCAAUGAUGACAGUCAAGUUUUCCGUUGUGCCGCUUCUGUGGCACCAGUAACGGAUUGGGCUUACUAUGACUCAAUUUACACUGAACGCUAUAUGGGUCUGCCAAAAGUGAACGAAGCUGGUUACGCGAAUUCUCAACUCACCACACGUGCACAACGUUUGCGUGGCAAGAAAUUCAUGCUGAUCCACGGCACUCUAGAUGACAACGUGCACUACCAACAAGCAAUGGUUUUGGCAAAGAAUUUGGAGAGAUUUGAUAUCCUGUUCAAGCAAAUAAGCUACACCGACGAAGACCACAGCUUGGCAUCAGUGCGCCCGCAUUUAUAUCACUCGUUGGAUCGCUUCUUCGGCGACUGUUUCGGCAACAAGCGCAUGAUGUCGCGCUGGAAUGGCAAAUGAUUGUACCGUCAUAAUAGCAACAACAAUAGCAAGAGGACGAACAAACAAGGUAUAUAGCGAAGGCAAAAAGCACGAAAAGAAAAGAAAA